CAGAAUACUGUCACUUUAGUGCAUGUCGGCCUUGCUGGUAAAGGAGGAAUUGCUUUAUGAGCUCGCAUGCGCUUGUUAGCGUGAACAUUUCUGUCUUUUGAAUGAAUAUUGCCUGGCUAAAAGCAAACCUGCGCUGUGGACACAAAAGCUCUUACAUUGCGAGUUGAUGCAGUGCUUGCUGAGGAUCAGUGAGGCUGUGGGAGAUCCUUUCAAGUAAUUCGGCGAAUCCGACGUCCAAAGAGAACCACUUCUCUCCCGGUCUGUCCAGUGCGUAAAAGCGGGCACGAUGUCUCUCCAAACUCCACUCUGAGAGCAGUUAUCGGAAUGAAAACGAAAAUAUGCUUUUUGCGAUUUUGCUGAAUUUGACAAGGGGAUUAUCUACGGCACGGCUGCUACCUGCUUACUUGACUGCCUAUUUGGGUCACUUGCUUAGUUCUAAACGCGUUUUUAUUAGGCUACAGAUUUCUGGCCUGUUGAAUUCAUCGUUAUCCUUCCUUCAUGUCCCAUUGGAAUAACUUAAUCUAUCAUGGAUUUGAUUUUCUUUACAAAGUCACCGUUUAGGCUCGGUUUAGACAUCCUAUAGACACUUUAGAGUGCAAUCGAACCCACGUAGAAGCGCAACACCAAGAGGGGAUCAUGGACAGAAAUGCCCCAGACGGACAGUUGUUGGAUGACUUGAGCAAACUCACGGACGAGGAGCUCUCUAGACUCGGAAAAGAUGAGCUCAUCAGGAAGCUACGGAGAACGGAUAACGAGAAAAUGAACUUAAUGGUGGAGCACGGGAACAUGAUGAAAGACGUGAACCGGAGACUACAGGUCCACCUCCACGAGAUCCGCAGCCUCAAGGAGAUCAACCAGAAGCUGCAGGACGACAACCACGAGCUCCGGGAGCUCUGCUGUUUCCUGGACGACGACAGGCAGAAGGGCAAGACGCUGUCUCGGGAGUGGCAACACUUCGGCCGCUACACCGCCGGAUCGAUGUGGAAGGAUGUCGGGGUGUACCAUCAGAAGCUGAAGGAUCUGGAAGCCAACCAGGGCUCUGUGAUGCGGGAGAACCUGGAACUGAAGGAGAUCAUUCUGAUGUUGGAGGAGGAGAGGAACGGAGCUGGGUCACGGAGCUCUAUAGACUCCCAGUCCAGCCUGACUAACCUGAACGGGGGCACCAGAACCAUUAGGGACGUCGGGGACGGGAGUAGUACCUCCAGCACCGGCAGUGCCGGUAGUCCUGACCACAACCACAUACACACGCCGGCCGAGGGGAAGAUAGCGUCCCUGCGGAAGUCUAUGGACGACCUGUCGCCAGUGUCAUACAUCCACAGGAGCAUCCCUAAUGAACUGCAUGGUAACUACAUCAGGCAAAUGGAGACCAAGGUCCUGGAGGAUGACAACAAGCAGCUUCUAUCACAGCAGUCUAAAAGUGGUGAUCUGAAGAGUCUGAGGAAGGGCUUCUACCACUCUGAGUCUCAGCUCUCACAGUACCAGCAAGACCCACUGCAGAAUGGCUCUGGUAGGUCCCCCAGUGGUGAGCCGUCCUCCCCAGCAGACUACCUCCCAGUGGGCCAGAAGCCAGAGGCUGUGGUCCAUGCCAUGAAGGUACUGGAGGUCCAUGAGAACCUGGAGAAGAAGAUCCCUGAAGACUACGACGAAGACCUCAGUGAGAAGGAGAAGGCCAUCGUCAGGGAGAUGUGUAAUGUGGUGUGGCGUAAACUAGGUGACGCUGCAGGAUCCAAGCCUUCCAUCCGCCAGCAUCUCUCUGGGAACCAGUUCAAAGGGCCCUUGUAGUCCUUAAGACCACAUUAACCAGCGCACAGCAGCACUCAGACGAGACAAACGGACAGACAGACAAAUUAACAACAACAACCAUGGACCCGCAGCAAUGAGUGCACAAACAAGGGGCGCAUCUCAAAUGACACCCUCCUAUUUUCCCAGCACUGUGUGACCGUGGCUAGAUGAUCCCCACAAACUCUAGCCUGAACCCAAACCUCUGUGCUUAGCCUCCCCUAACAUUGACCCCUGGUGAAUAUAGGAAUGUAGGCCACACCUGAUCUGGGUAGUGGGUACAGUCAAUCUCAGUUUAGAUCUUACAAAUUAGGCUGCGCCGAUGAAGGGUUAAAAACAGCGGUUGGCAAUCCUAUAGCCUCUGACCACGUUGGCUCUCAUUUUCUGUUUAUUUAAAGACAAUUCUACAUGUUGAAUGACACACCGUUCGUCAAUACCCAGCAGGUAAUCUAGUGCCCACGGCCAACGUUGGUUAUGGUGUCUUGUCAUUCAAGAGAAGGAAGAGGAGAAUAAACUGCCCCUUACUACCAGUCACUACACCUGAGCUACAGUACUUUACCUGACCCUCUGCCAUCUCCAACCAACGUCUGUUUGAGGUUUGUAAAUGUUCACCUACCAAGUGUUCAAGACUGACAACCACUCCAGGACAAACCAUUCUACUAUUCUCAAGUCAAGGCCCUGAUAUGUUCUGUUCUUGACUUUACUUCCAUUACUUUUCCAUUCAACAGCCAACUGACUGGCAACUCCUUACAACAUAGAUGAGGACAAAUACUGGAGAUCGCGUGAUGUCAUUUCCUUCAGUGUAGAAUCACAAGCCAUAGGUUUAUACAACGUGAAACCUAGCUGCUGUAGGAUGCUGUUUAAUAAUGUAGUCCUCUUUUGUCUGAAAGAAGUAUGUGUACAAAUGUAGACGGAAAUCCUUUCAAAGUGUUAAACUAAAUUCUAGCACUAAAGUAGGUUAUGUUUAACAAAACGUAGUGCUAUUUUUUUGACCUGUUGUUUUUAGUGUUCAUGUUUGUUUGUGCCUCAAAUGGCAUCCUAUUAUUUAUACCAACACUACAGUGCCUUGCGAAAGUAUUUGGCCCCCUUGAACUU